AUGGUCUUUCAACCGCCUUCCUGGGUCCCGGCCCUGCCCGAAAUCCCCGACAGCGUCCCCCUCUCCGAGUUCAUGUACGAUGAGCGCUACGGCCGCUGGAGCACCUCCAAGGCGCGCAACCCCUACACCUGCGGCGUCACCGGCAAGACCUACACCUCCAAGCAGGUCCCCGAGCGCAUCGACCUGCUCGCGCGCGCCAUUGCCAAGCGCCUCGGCUUCAGCCCCAACGAGGGCACCGAGUGGGACAGGGUCGUGGCCGUGUACUCUGUGAAUACGAUCGACUACAUCCCCGUCUCCCAUGCCGUCCACCGCCUCUCCGGCAUCGUCACCCCCGCCAACGCCCAGUACUCGGCCUCGGAGCUCGAGCACCAGCUCCAGUCCUCGGGCGCCAAGGCCCUCUUCACCUGCCUGCCGCUCCUCGAGACGGGCCUCAAGGCCGCCGACGCCGUCGGUAUCCCCCGCAGCGCCGUCUUCCUGCUGCCCGUCCCCGGCGCCAAGCCGCACCCGGACUUCCCCUCGGUCGACGACCUCGUCGCCCAGGGCAAGACGCUGCCCGCGCCGCCACCCCUGUCCUGGAUCAAGGGCCAGGGCGCCCGCCAGACGGCCUUUUUGUGCUACUCCUCCGGCACCUCUGGUCUCCCCAAAGCCGUCAUGAUUUCCCACUACAACAUCAUUGCCAACAUUAUCCAGAUGACGCUGCUCCAGAGCGUCGGCCGCCAGCAGGACAAGGUCCUCACCGAAAACGUCCUCGGCAUCCUGCCCCUCAGCCACAUCUACGGCCUCACCGUCGUCGCCCACGUCUCCCAGUACCGCGGCGACCAGCUCGUCAUCCUGCCCAAGUUUGACCUCGCCCUCUUCCUCAAGACCAUCCAGGACUACCAGCUCAACUUCCUGCCCGUCGUGCCCCCGAUGCUCAUCCAGCUCAUCACCAACAAGGACGUCGCCGCAAAGUACAACCUCGACUGCGUCCGCUGCGUCUUUUCCGGCGCCGCGCCGCUCGGCAUCGAGACGCAGGAGGCGGCGAACAAAAUGUUUCCCAAGUGGAAGAUUGGCCAGGGUUAUGGCAUGACGGAAACAUCCCCCGUCGCCACCGCCAGCACCGAAAUCGACCUCGUCCCCGGCUCCUCGGGCGGCCUGCUGCCCGGCUACAAGGCCAAGCUCAUCGACGCCGAGGGCAAGGUCGUCACCGGCCACGACGAGCGCGGCGAGCUGCUCCUCCAGGGCCCCUCGGUCGUCCUCGGCUACCUGCACAACGAAAAGGCAAACGCCGAGACGUUUGUGCACCACGCCGACGGCCGCUGGAUCCGCACCGGCGACGAGGCCGUCGUCCGCAAGUCCUCCAAGGGCCACGAGCACGUCUUCAUCACCGACCGCAUCAAGGAGCUCAUUAAAGUCAAGGGCUUCCAAGUCGCCCCCGCCGAGCUCGAGGCGCACCUCCUCACCCACGACUACGUCCACGACUGCACCGUUAUCCCCGUCCCCGAUGACCGCGCCGGCGAGGUCCCCAAGGCGUUUGUCGUAAAGUCCCCCGCCUCCUCUGGAAAAUCCGAUGCCGACAUUCGCCGCGCCGUAGAGGAGCACGUCGAGAAGCACAAGACAAAAUACAAGUGGCUCAAGGGCGGCGUCGAGUUCAUCGACGCCAUCCCCAAGAGCCCCAGCGGCAAGAUCCUCCGCCGCGUCCUCAAGGACAAGGAGAAGGCGGCCCGCAAGGCCCAGGGCGCCAAGCUGUAA